UUGUGGAACCGUUCACAUUUCGGCACAAAAAGCCAAAACACACACAAAAAAUAGUUGUUUGUUUUUGGUCCAAAUUCGAAAUUUACAAAGGCAAUGCCCGACAUCAGGUUAGAGUCCUCCGAUGGUGUCGUUUUUGACACCGAUGCAGAAACUGCCAAAUGCUCGGGCACCAUUAAAAAUAUGCUAGAGAAUUGCAGCCUGGAGGAGGAGGAGGAGCAACCCUUCAUACCCGUGCCCAACGUGAAUUCGACAACUCUGAAAAAAAUAUUGAUUUGGGCCAAAUACCACCAGCAUGACGUCCCAGCUCCAGCGGACGAUCCGAAUAAACAGGAUGGGAAACCGGAGGAAUAUUUCAUCAGUCAGUGGGACGCAGAUUUCUUGUCGACUAUCGAUCAGGGCACGCUCUUCGAGCUGAUCAUGGCCGCCAAUUACUUGGACAUUCGGGCACUGAUGAAUGCCGCCUGUCAGACGGUGGCCAACAUGAUCAAGGGUCACACCCCCGACGAGAUUCGUCUUAUCUUCAACAUUCCACGUGAUCCAACAGAAGAGGAUGCGUUCGAAAAUCAUAGCAUUGGGAGCACUGACAGCGAGGAUAACUAAAUUAAUAGGGGAAAUGCCACGCCAUGAUAAAACUCCACUGAGAAAUCUAUCUUUAACA